AUUUUAGUCUGCACAUCCUUCUUCAUACAGUUUGAUUGUGUUGACAAGAUUUUAAAACAAAAAUCUUUAUAUAGGGAAUUUUGUAAUAUUUAGGGAAAUCUAAGCUCUCCGUGUAGUGUGUUGGCUAAUGGCUAUACAAAAGAAUAAAAUAUUUCAAAAGAAUUAGAAGUAAAUAAACUUUUCUUGUAUGCUGUAGGUGUUGAAUUACAGUUCUAACUAUGCCUUUUAUGAAAGGAGUUGAGCCUAUUAGGUACACAUUAAAAUAUCUUAAAGCAGGAAAGAUUAUUUUCAAAGAUGCCUUACAAAUACUUUCCAUAAAUUACAACGUGAAAGGAGACCAUCAUGAAGGUGCAAGGCAAUUUGUAUUUUGGUACUUACCACAGAUGCAGUACAAGAACCCAAACGUUCAGAUAGUGACAUUGAGAAACAUGACACCAUCGCCUUUCAUUACCUGCUACUUUGACAAUAAUGAAAAAAUGCUCAUUGACUUGGACAGCAAAGGAAAAGACGACAUAUUAGAACAUGUUAUUAAAGUAUUAGGUAAACCCAAAGACAUUUUGAAAGCAGAAGCUCAAGCCAUGGAAAUAAAAGAUAAUCCAGCAAACUUUGGAUAUAUGUGUGAAAAGGCCUGCAUUUGUGAAGUACCCGGCCAAAUACCAUGUCCUGGUGCCGUGCCUCUCCCCUUCCACAUGAGAGGGAAAUACCGAAAUAAGAUGGACGAGUUGAAUGGUUAACUUAAUUGUUUGUUUUAGUAUAAUAAAAAUUGUAAAUAAGUAAAAUUA